AAGUAUUCAGCGAGCUAGAUGAAGUAUAUAAACGAAACCCGCUGUGAAUUCUCAAACACAGACGCUCAUUUAAUUUGUACCGAUCGAUCCGGGCACAAAAAGAUCAAAACAAUCAAAACAAACAAAACAGUUCACAAUGUUCAAACUCAUCGUCCUUUGUCUGAUGGUUGCUGUAGCCUGUGUUGCUGCGAAGCCAGCUCUGUUUGCGACUCCAUUAGCCUAUUCAGCGCCAUUGGUAGCAGCGGCGCCCUUCAGUGCAGCAUACGCAACAGCUCCAGUGAUUGCACCAUACGCCAGCACCUACAAUGCCCACUCGAUUGCCCAUUCAGCAACUUAUCCAGCAUUGUAUGCAGCUGCUCCUGUACCUGCACCAAUUGCUCCACUUGCUCCAGUUGCCCCAGUUGCACCUGCUGCACCGGCAGUUCGACCACCGGUUGUAGAAAAUGAAGCAGCUGAAAUUUUAUUCUAAAAUGGCAAUUCUUUUUUUUUAUUUUGUGACCUAAACUUAAAACUUCGCGUUCCAUUGACCUGUACCUAUAUUUUGUUUUAAUUUUUUUUAUUUUUACCAAAACUUUAAUAAAUUAUGUGAUAAUUUUAAAAUGAAAA